AUGUCUCUCGAACGAAAAGAAAGUACAAGAAAGCGCGCCCGUGCUUGUGAGGAAUGCCACCGGCUCAAGAUAAAGUGCGAUGUUAGCACGGCGCUUGGAGGUAAAUGCGAACGGUGCAGCCGAAACAGCCUGCACUGCGUUCCUGCAGCACCUCGACUCCAACGCGACAAAAUCCAAGAGCUUGAAGCGCAGAUCCAAGAACUCCAGAUCGCCUUACAAGAGCAAAGCAAAAGUAUUACACCCGGCCGAUCCCCCGCAAGCUCACAUGAGCACUAUGAAGAUGCCCUCUUGUCGUUCUUGGACUACCGUAUCCCACCGAGCAAACAACAGGACCUGCUCCGGCACUUCGCCAGCCAUGCAGGAGCUGUAUGGCCUGUCGUUCGUCUUUCCAUGAGCUUGGAUGACCUUCGCGCCAAAUCUCCCGUCUUGCUUCUCUCGGUGCUUGUCUACACUGUUACCCAGCAAACGCAAGGUACUGAAUCAGAAUUACACGAUGAGCUCGUCAAAGAAACGAUGUACAUCGUUGGAAACGAAAUCAUCGGUCGCGGACAAAGAUCCAUCGAGUUGGUGCAAGCGCUGCUAGUAGCUGCCUUCUGGAGCAAGACAUCGCGGAAAGGCCAACAGGGCAGUUGCUACCAGCUCAUUCAACUAGCCACAGACAUGGCGAUCGACCUUGGUAUUGCUGGUCCUGGCCUGGUACCCUCACCUGUGGCAUAUUUCGACAUACAUGAGGAUCCCAACUCACUCGAGGCACGGCGCACAUGGCUUGCUUGUUUCGUUGCACUCUCAACAUCGUCUACCAGUCUGCGCCGGCCGAUUGCUGUUCCAUGGAAUGCCCAUCAUGAUGAAUGCCUCUUGGAAAUGGAGAUCAGAGGAGACUUAGCGGAUAUACUCCUCUGCCAGAUUGUGCGCAUCAUGCGGUUGAUUGAUGAGGUUUCCAGUCUGAUGUGUCUUUGCCAGUCAGCAAUAUUCAUUGAGGGCAAUGACUACAACACUCACGCCACCAUCGCCCAUCUGAAAGCCAAAAUCGAUGCCUGGGCAACUCAAAUACCGACCAGUUUUACAUCGUCACAAACGCUCAAAGUGUGGUAUCAUGUAGCGAUGAUCCACCUUCACGAAGUUGUCCUCCACACGCCGACGAAUAUGGCAUCCUUCACAGCGCCGUUUCUGCCACAUCGCAUCGUAGCCAAAGACUACCCGAAGCCUGUUUCAGUCAUCGUCCCUCUGCAGGAUGCCCUCAAGACCCUCGCCCAGCAUUGCCACGCCGCGAUCGACACAGUCGCAGAUAUGGACCCCGCUCUGUUGUUCAGCCUUCCGACGUUCUGCUUCGCUCCAUCCGUACUUUAUUCUCUUUUUGUGCUGGUCAAUCUGCUGAUCGUCUCGACUGAUCCAGCAAGCACGUAUGGACGGUAUCUGGCAAGAAGUGAAUGUCGUAUUGAGGAGUGUGAUGCAAAGCUGCAGCGCCUGACAACGGAAAUGAAGGUUCUGGACCCUACAAUGAGUUGCUACACCACCGUCUUGUUCAAUGCGACGUCAUGGUUGGGACGGUGGUACAACGAUUACAUCGCGAUCUUGCAGCGAUACGAGGCGACCAUCGCAGGAGACGUGACAAUGAAUUAA